CAACUGGCUCAUUCCCAGUUCCAUUUUGAAAGGCAACGGAGCCCAGGAAUUCCAGUUUUAAGUCGCGUUGAGUUUCGCGUAUAUUUUUCCAGUUGCCGUUUGAUUGGCGCCACCCAAAUUGGGAAAACCAUGUCCCAGGAAACGGAGGAAAACCCAGUUACCCCAAUGGAUGCCACGCCCCAGGAAAAGGAGGGAAAUCCACUUCCCGCACCGGAUGAAAUGGUCUGGGAAAAGGAGAAGAAGGAGAACACAGUGGUUCCAAUGGAGGUUGAGUUGCCAGAAGCGAAGGAUAAUCCGGUUGCCCCAAUGGAAGCCAUGUCCGAGGAAACGGUGGUCAAUCCUGGACAAACCCCCAUGGAUUCCAUGGCCCAGGAAAACGAAGAGAACGUUCAAAAUGGAGUGGAUACGGGCACCACCGAAACUACCAAUGCCACCGAAACCAUCGAAGAUGUGCCCACUUCGGUGGUGAUGGUGGAGCAGCCGAACACGAUCAUCGAGCUGGUGGAUCUGUAUGUGCCGCCCGUGCACUCGGUGGCUCCCAGUCAGGUGAUCUUCGUGAACAGCGAGGCAGUGCGUCCGCAGCACCAGAUCAUGUUCAUCCCGUCGCACAUGCAGCAGAUCCCGCAGCAGGCAAUCCUGUGGGGCAGCAAUCCCACCCUGCUCUACACCGAGCCCACCCAGCCGUCGUCCUCGGAUGAGUCCGCCCCCAGCAAGGGCACCCGGGGGCGGAGGCGUGGCCGGAGGGCCACCACGCCCAGGCCAAGGGCCACGAAGCGCGGUCGUCGGGCGGAGACGCCACCUCCGCUGCCGCCGCCACCGAACUUCCUGGAGCACUGCAUCAAUCCGCUGGAGAACGAGAUAUACCCCAAGGUCAUUGUGCAGCCGGCCCAUCAGCCGUGGGUGCUGCCCAGGGAUCUGCUCCAGGAUGCGCCGCCCAAAGUGGAGCCCAAACAGGAGGCGGUCCCGAUCCCCGUCAGCGGAUCGGUGGUCACGGCCACCACCCAGUCGGCGCCGGUGAUCAGCCAGGCCCAGGUGCGCCAGAACCUGCAGCUCUUCGGCCCCAAUGUGGCCAUCAUGCAGCUGAACACCCCGGGAUCGCUGCGGUUCCAGGCCGUGCUCCGCGAGGCCAAUGGCAACCAGCGGCAGAUGUUCUUCACCGCCCAGCAGCUGGUCUCGUUCGGGGCCACCUAUAUGGCGCAGAUGGCCUCCUCGGCCCCGAAGUCCUGCCCCGCCCCCAGGUCGCAAUUCUUGCCAGGAUCUGGGGCCAGCCAGCAGGUGCAGCAGCUCAAUCAGCGUCCGGUCUUCAAGACUCCAGCCUCGCUCUUCAAGAUACCCACGGUUAGACCGCCACGGGCUCCCAUUGUUUCGCGCGCUCCUCCCGUGUCGUCCUUUGUGGCGCCUCCUCCUCCUCCUCCUGCCACACCCACCGCCACUACCGUCGAUAUUGCCCCAGCUGGUGGCAGCCUUGCGAAGGAGGUGCCCCCUGCAGUUCCGCCGCCUGCAGUUCCACCCCCUGCAGUUCCACCCCCUGCAAUGCCACCCCCCGUCGUUCCGCCACCCAUGACCCCACCCAUGACCACCGGGUUCGCACUGCCCUCGAUCCUCAAGCACAAGUCGCAGAUGAAGCUGCUCAACACGCUGCAGAACCAGAGGGCCAAGGCCAAAAGGGCGGCUGAGGCGGCGGAGGCGGAAAGGAAUCUCCAGGCACUCAAGUUGGCCCAGGACAAAAAUAAAGACAAAGAUGAGAAGAAGGAGAUUACUUAGCCUAGGAAUAAUAUUUAUUUUUACGAGUAUAUAUUU